AUGGCGGAUUGGAAAGUGCCGUUGACUUACAACUACAACCCAUCCUAUCACGCAUAUGCGUAUGGGUUAGUGUAUCCUCAAGGAACGGAGCAAAGUCAUCCCAACGUGGGCUGGGCGGAGGCCGCGUACGGUCCCCCGGCUGGCUUGAACGGCGGCUACUAUUCCUCUCCAGCAACGUCGACAUCUCCACCAGAGAUCACGGAGUUAGCCAGCACGAAUAUUAACGGACAGUACCCGAACCCGGCGGCGUACUACAGAGACCCGCAGACGCACACGCAGAACGGACGGCUUUUCCUCUCGCAUAACGGGGUUCAUUAUGGACAACAGAUGAAGGCCCGGGAUCGCGCCGGGAGUGACGCGCCCAGCGACUCGGAGGCGCACACACCAGAUUCUUGGAGCUCUGGUAGCAGCCGCGGUGGGGGCAAUCCCCAAGGCGACCUCGAUGUCCCGCCGUGGAUCAAGAAGGAGCGGGCGUAUGAAACGGACAGCGGCAGCUCUGACGGCAGCGAAGUUGUUUCUAGCUCCCGUUCAGUGGCGACAGAAGCAUCAACGAGUCUAAAUUUGGGAGGCGACGGCUUGCUCCCAGCACCCACUGUGGUACCGUCUCCUCCCGAGCAACCGCCGGCGCAGCCCCGGAAGGCCAAAGCGCGAACUGCGUUCUCGGAAGGGCAGAUGAACGCACUGACCGACCGGUUCAACGUGCAGAGAUACCUUACACCCGCAGAGAUGAAGACUCUAGCCGGAUUGACUGGGCUCACUUACAAACAGGUGAAAACCUGGUUUCAAAACCGCAGAAUGAAACUGAAGAGACACCAGAAAGAUAAUAGCUGGGUGUCGGAGAGAUACAUUUCUACUGGGAUCACAAAUGCCUCAACCCCACAUUCUCAGUUCCAUGUAGAUGCUCCAGUGCCGAGCCAAGACCUUUACAUGAACACCCAGUUCAGAGAUGCUGUCUUCAGUCAGAGUUCCCCGCAAGUAUCCUCCUUCUACCCUGGCUAUAACCUGCCUCUUUCCCCUUCUCAGGUCUCCACUAGGCCCCAGGGAAACUGGCCCCUGCCCCCAGCUGUGAUGCACUAUGAGUUUCCUAACCCCUCCAGUUAUGUGCCAGCCAAUGGGAGCACUGGCUUUAACAGUGAUGGUGCUGUUGAUCCAGGCACCAACGCUACGCAAAUGACCACGACGCACACGGUCACCCAGUGGUCAUCUUGA